AUGACUGUCCACGGGAAGGUGGAGACAGACGUGGAGAUCAAGGCUCCGGCUGACAAGUUCCACCAAGUCAUCAGCUGCCGGCCCCACCACAUCUCCAACAUGUCCCCCGGGACGGUCCGGGGCGUCGAUCUGCACGACGGCGACUGGGGCAAGGCCGGAUCCAUCAUCUGCUGGAGCUACACGCAUGAUGGAGAGACUAAGGUCGCGAAAGAGGUGAUAGAAGCCAUAGAUAACGAGAAGAACUUGACGAGGUUCCGAGUGAUUGAAGGCGACCUGAUGAAGCUGUACAAGAACUUUGUCUUCGUCGUCCAGGCCACGCCCAAGGAAGGAGGUGGGAGCAUCAUCCGCUGGACGCUCGAGUUCGAGAAGCUGAGCGAGGAAGUAACUGAGCCCUACUCGCUGCUCCAGCUAUGCACCCAUCUCAGCAAGGACAUCGAUCUUCACCUCAUGGAACAGGCUCAGGUUCAGGCUCAGGCCUAGCAGAAACUAAGGAACUGGAUUUUUAUGUAUAUGCACUGGUUUGCUGUCUCUGGCGAGUUCGACGCUUUGUGUGUUUGAACAUGUU